AUGAUUGUUAUAGUGGACCUGCUGCUGAUGCUCAUCGACCUGACCUACUCCAUCGUGAAUGCCGUCAUCCAGACUUUCCUCCAGCCGAGGCUGAAGUGCAUCGACGGGGAGCUGUGUCUGAUAACGGGGGCCGGGGGCGCGCUGGGUCGGCUCUUCGCCCUGGAGUUUGCCAAAGAGGGGGCGCACCUGGUGCUGUGGGACUGCAACACGGCUGCCAACGAGCAGACCGCCAAGCUGGCGCGGGAGCUGGGGGUUCAGGUGCACACGUACACGGUGGACCUAUCCAAGCGUCAGAGCAUCUACGAGACAGCGGGCAGGGUGAGGGCGGAGGUCGGGGAGGUCUCCAUACUGGUCAACAACGCGGGCGUGGUGGCCGGACGGAGGCUGCUGGACUGUCCCGACGAGCUCCUGGAGAGGACUCUGCUGGUGAACUGUCACGCGCUGUUUUGGAUGAUAAAGGCCUUCCUGCCGCAGAUGAAAGAAAAGAACCAUGGUCAUAUUGUAACCGUUGCCAGUGCUCUGGGGUUGUUCAGCACUGCCUGUGUUGAGGAUUACUGUGCCAGCAAAUUUGGAGCCGUCGGCUUCCACGAGUCACUGACGCAUGAGUUGCGUGCAGAGGACUUGGACGGCAUCAAAACCACUUUAGUCUGCCCUUAUAUUGUGGAUACAGGGAUGUUUGCAGGCUGUGAAAUCAGGAAGGAGCUUCGGAGUCUAAUUCCACCUCUGGAGCCACUCUACACCGUACAGCAGUCAAUGAAAGCCAUUUUAGCCGAGCAGCAAAUGAUCUGCAUUCCUCGCCUUAUGUACAUCCCAUUUCUAGCACGAGCAUUGCUACCUUGGGAAGCAAAUGUGGCAACAUAUCGCUUCAUGGGAGGUGACAAAUGCAUGCUACCAUUCAUCAAGAACGUUGAACUGAAGACCCCAAAUGGCCACAUCAAGUCAUAACCAUAGCCUCUGCCAUUUUGUCUUACGACUUUUUGGAUCAAUGUAGACACCAAAGGCUCAAACUGUAUAUUCUGAAAACAUACAUUUGUCAUCUGAAGGGAGACACCGAUGUCUGCAUGUUUGCUUUUACAACAGGCUGGAGGCUCACUUUAUUCACAGCCAUGUUGUAAUGAAUACAUGCUGGGUCAUUCAUAACCAGAACUGCAGUCAGGGUUUGCUUACUGAAAAGCAAAUUCCUUCUCCUUAUUUGUAAAGUUAGUGACUUAAUUCUGGACUGGAGGACAAAGAGUGGAUAUGGCUGUAUUCACUCCAAAUCAGGUGUUGCUGCAAAAACACCCGUCAGCAGGAUAAUCUGAAUGUGGGUAAUAAUGACGCACCAAAAUUGGAAUCAAUUGGGAAAGCGAAAAAAAUGCAAUGGAAAUGUAUAUAUGAAAUAGUGAUUAGAGAGGAGGUUGAC